AUCGUCAUCCAGAAAUAAAUAAAAAGCAGAUUUAUCAAUCGCUACGAGAAUUUUCGUGACCUAUCCUCGCGUCUCCCUUUUCGUCUUCUUCCGUGAAUCCCUCACAUCGCUUCCUAGUCUAGUCUUCAAUUCUCGAUGGCGUUCCUGGUCCGAUCGCCGGAUAUAGCCACCGUCUCGGCCGGAAACUUCUCGGAUUCGAAAUCUAAUGUAACUAAUGCGUUUACAAGGAGGAGUGUUACUGUUUCCGCGGUUAACGCGAGAGAUUGGAUUGGUGUCAAGUGUCAGAAAUCAAGAUUAUACGUGAAAUUCUCAGCUCCGGUGAAAGAAGACUGCAAAAUCAGCAGACAUGAGGAAGAAGGAGAAGAUAAGGAAAACUACUAUGUGAACAAGGGUCACGCCGUUCAGUGCCUCAGAGAGGAGCUUCCUUCCUUGUUCUACAAAGACCCCAACUUUGACAUUUACAGGGAUGACAUUGUGUUCAAAGACCCUAUGAACACAUUCAUGGGAAUUGAUAACUACAAAUCCAUGUUCUGGUGGUUACGUUUCCUUGGAAAGAUCUUCUUCAAAGCUCUCUGCGUAGACACCGUUAGUAUCUGGCAACCCAAUGAUAACACUCUCAUGAUCCGUUGGACUGUUCACGGAGUUCCUCGUGUUCCCUGGGAGACUCGUGGUCGGUUUGAUGGCACUUCGGAGUAUAAGUUUGAUAAGAAUGGGAAGAUUUAUGUACACAAAGUCGAUAACAUUGCUAUUAACUCGCCUCCCAAGUUUCAGAUGCUCAGUGUUCAAGAGCUUGUUGAAGCUAUUAGCUGCCCUUCUACACCUAAGCCUACGUUUUUUGAGUUCGGAGAUUCUUCAUCAUCGUCGGAAACUUAUUAGUGUGUUGUGUAUAUAGAGUUUUUGUCUGGUUGGUUAUAGAUAGAGUAAACAAAAGGGUUGGGACUAAAGUUUGGUGUAUAAUAUAAGAUGAAGAAUGAAAAAACGCAAUAAAUUGAUAUGAGUGGGGAGAUUACUUAUAACCAAGACAAGCCUAUAUAAUCAUCUGGUGUUUAGCAUGUGUAUCUUUUAAUUCGAAAAUUUGGAUAGAUU